CAUCAACUCAAUAAACCUAUCCAGUCCAGAACCAGAUCAAAUUUCAUCCAAAAUCUUAUGCACCCAAAGGAUUUCUGUUAAUUGCCAUCAUGAAACUUAUUGUAGUUGGCGCUACAGGCUACAUCGGCGCUGGGAUCCUUCGUCAAGCCCUUACACGCUCAGACAUCACCAGCGUUGUCGCUGUUACCCGCCGAUCUCUCGAGCAAACCGCCGCGAAACUCCAAAACGUCAUUGUCCCGGACUAUGGUACAUACUCACCCGCGGCAAAGGAAGCUUUUGCCGGCGCAGGUGCAUGUAUCUGGACAGUGGGCGUGACGCCUUCUCACGCAUUUCGAAUGGACCCUGAAGAGGUGCGCAAGGUUUGUCAGGAUUAUACUAUGGUCGGCCUUGAAGCCAUGCGCUCCUCUGGCCUUGCACGGCCGUUUCGAGUAGCGUAUCUCAGCGCGGUGGCAGUUUCGCGGGAUGUCAACCAGAAUAUGUGGUUUGCUCCUGAGUUUAGACGUAUACGGGGCGCAGCAGAAAACCAAGUUAUCGCGUUUGCGGAUACCAGCGAUGGCGCGGUAGAAGCGGUGAUAGCUAAACCCGGAUCUGUCCCUGCUCAGGGUGGUAUGCUGGUUACUGCUCUGACAGCUAUAUCUCGAGGUUUAGGUAUUGGCGCCACUGAGGCCGUGGUUUUAGAUGAUCUGGCUAUUGUUCUGAUUGACCAGGUUGUUCAUGGAAUUGAAAAGGACCCGCUGUGGCCAGCGGAUUUAAACCGCUUGGCGCAACAAGUUAAGGAUAAGAAGGGCCUGAACUAA